AUGCCUGCAUUCCGAAUCUCUUUUUUUGUUCUCCAAGCCAAGGGAGCGAGGGAGCAAGCAUUCCAGCGUGCAAGUGACAGCUGUUGGCGGCGAAGUCCGGAUGUUUACGCGGUACAUGGGGUAGAUUUGCGUCGCUACGGACUUUAUUUAUUUUUCCUGGACCCCCAGGGCCCCCAGGGCCUGCUAGUCAACUCGCUUGAUUCAGCCAACAUGCCCCGCCCUCUGCGCCUGGGGUUCCUGCGGCCACCCGUGUCCAAUCGCGUGCUCGAGCGUACUCCCUCCACGGACUAUCGCCAGCCUACCCAAUCCAGCUUUGCACAACGCCUGAUGCAAACCGUCGGUGAGCACGCAUCACCACCACCACAACGCCCGCCAAACUCGCAUGAUGCGCUGCUCUGCACAAUGACCUGCGUGAAACUGGAGCCACCGAACAUCAAAGGCGGGCCAUCUCUUAAAAUCCUGCAAGACACCCGCAAUUGCUACGCCGUACGAGUCUUGCUGGAUGGCGACGAAUCUUGGGCCAAGCGUACCAACAACAUGUCAUCAAGUCUCGCCGAUGAGCUAAAUCGGCCAUUGCCGCUGCGCGUCGCCUUGGGAGCCGGCUCUUCAUGUCUCCCCUUUCAAGCUCUUCGUGAGGAAAAUCGUCGCCAUUGUCUGUGUUCUGCUAAUACACCGACGAUGGACGCCGCAUCUUCAUCGCGCUCCCUCGCUAUUCCCGCAUCACCGCCACAUCACCGUCAACGAUUCAAGUGCGUCUUGGUCGUGUUCCGCCCGACGGAGACUCCCCGGCGACUUGGUAACGGCAAUGGCUCCUUGUCCGCCCCCCCAUCUGACCAUCUUGCAUCGUUAGCCACCGGCGCCGCGUCCUUUUCUGGCCCCUCUUGCUGGCGCCACUUUGCUCGCCGUAUAGCCGAUUCCCCCCCGAUUCUUCGCGACAAGUCACAACUGUCACUCGAGUAA